AAAUCCUGACACAUUUUAUAAAAUUGAAUAAGUAAUUUCAUAAAUAAUACUUUCCCUUUCUUAAUAAAUUGUUCUUGCUAUUUCAGGUAUUUCUGCAUACAUUAGGUAUUGCAGGGCACACAGAUAUGAUAUUAAAUAUAAAGUAAAUGUCAGUAGCAAUUACUGAUGAUACACAAACGGACACUUUGGAUUUCUUUACGUUUGGCAUCGUUUUUACGCACAGACAGCCGUGCGUAAAACUCGCAGAUCAGGAAGGAAAGAGGAUACUAUGAUACAUACUCUAUGCCUUUACAAUCACGGAAUACACCUGAGACAAAAAAAACAACAAAGAAACGUUUAUAUAUAACUGUAAACAUAUUUAAUUAACUGAAACGAAAAAAUAAGUUAUAUUUUUAGAAUUCCACCUCCCACCCAGGGAAUACGUUUAGAAAUCAGACAUGAAAAGUUUACAAAAACUUAUUUAAAGUUUCUUAAACUGUCAUUAAAGACACUUGCACUCCUCCUUGUUUUAAAACAAAAUACUUUUUUUAAACAGGUGCAAAGGCUCACACCAGACUAUUUUCGUCGCUGCUCUCCACCAAAACGUAUUCACUGAUGAGGUCAUCGUUCUCACGGUAGUUUAUUGGAGGAGGGACAUUCAGUCAUUGUAUUACGCUGACGUCACUCUUGGUCUGAGCGUGAAGAAACGUUUUCUUUUAAGAUCCUCGCUUCGUUUGUUCGUUCAACAAGAAGACGGUUUAUCCUCGUUUCAGCACAUUUCAAUAUUAUAACUACGGAAUCUGCACGAUGGCGCAUCAUAUCCGACUGUUAUUCGGGAGAGGGUACGUUUCAGCAUUUCUCUUUCUUUCUGCCAUGAUGAACACGGUAUCUACCGUCACCCAUUAUUCUGUUCCCGAAGAAAUGGAGGAAGGUUCAGUCGUUGCCAAUUUAGCAACUGAUCUGGGAUUAGACGUGAAGACCCUGAAUAAAAGAAAAAUGCGCGUAGACGUUGUCGGAAAUAAAAAAUAUCUUGACAUCAACAAAGACACAGGAGAGCUGUUAAUUCUGGAAAGGAUUGACAGAGAGCUGUUAUGCACCUCGAAGACAACUACAUCGUGCUUUCUAAGAUUGGACGCUACGAUUGAAAAUCCAGUACGAAUGUUUAAUAUUGAGGUGGAAAUCACGGAUAUUAACGACAACACUCCUCAUUUUCGAAGAGGAACGAUGCACUUGGACAUCUCUGAAUCAAGCCCCGUUGGAGAGAGAUUCUCAUUGAAUAAUGCUGCAGAUCCAGAUGUUGGAACAAAUUCUGUGAAAAAUUACCACCUGAGCUCAAGUGAGCACUUCUCCAUUGAAAUUCAGACCGGGAGAGAUGGGACGAAGUUCGCUGAUUUGAUUCUGGACAAAGCUUUAGACAGAGAACAGCAGGCUGUUCAUAAUCUAAUACUCACUGCUGUGGACGGUGGAGUCCCCACGCGCACAGGUACAGCCAGCAUCAUUGUUCGCGUGCUUGAUGUGAACGACAACGCCCCUUCAUUUGACAAAGACAAAUACAACGUAGAUGUGAUGGAAAACUCCCCGAUUGGCAGUCUAGUAAUAAAAGUAAACGCCACUGAUUUAGAUGAAGGGUCAAAUUCUGAUAUUAUUUAUUCAUAUAGUUUAUAUACAUCAGAGAGAACGCAACAGAUGUUUACCUUGAAUCCAGAGAAAGGUGAAAUCAGAGUGAAAGAGAUGAUAAAUUAUGAAGAUGUUAAACUUUAUGAAAUGGAGGUUAUUGCCAGCGAUAAGGGGCCUAACUCCUUAUCUGGACAGUGUAAACUGACAAUACAGGUGACAGAUAUGAAUGACAACCAUCCAGAAAUAUCCAUCAGAUCAUUUCAGAGUCCAGUAAAAGAAAAUGUACCUUUAGACACAGUGAUAGCUGUAGUUAGUGUCAGUGAUAAAGACUCAGGAGACAAUGGAGUGGUUGAUCUUCAUAUUCCAGAUAAUAUGCCUUUCAAGCUGAGGGAGUCCUCUGAUAACUAUUAUGAAUUAGUAGUGUCAGAGCCAUUAGACCGUGAGAAGGUUCCAGAAUAUGACGUCACGUUCACUGUGACAGACAGAGGUUCUCCUCCUUUAUCUGACAAUGAAACUAUGACGUUAGAGCUGCUGGAUGUUAAUGACAAUGUUCCACAGUUCCCUCAGUCAUUUUAUACUAUACGUGUAAUGGAGAAUAACGCACCUGGAGCCUUGCUCAGUUCCCUCACUGCGUUUGACCCUGACCUCCAUGAAAACCAGUAUCUAGUUUAUUUCAUCCUAGAGAAGGAGAUAGCCAACACCUCCAUGUCCAUGCUGUUCUCCAUCAAUCCAGAGAACGGCAAUCUUUACGCACUGAAAACUUUUGACUAUGAGAUCGAGAAGGAGUUUCUUUUCCACAUCGAGGCCAGAGACUCUGGCUCUCCUCCACUCAGCAGUAACGUGACGGUCCACAUCAUCAUUGUGGACCAGAACGACAACGCUCCGGUUAUUGUCUCUCCGUGGCGCGCGCACGGCUCAGUGGUGGAGGAGAAGAUCCCCAGAUCCACCGAUAAAGGCUCUCUGGUUUCCAAGGUGAUAGCCUUGGACACCGACUCGGUGCACAACUCUCGGAUUACCUACCAGUUUCUACAGGUGACUGACGCCACCUUGUUUAGUCUGGACCAGUACAACGGAGAGAUCCGGACUAUGAGGAUGUUCAGUUACAGAGAUCCACGCCACCAGAGACUGGUUGUUGUUGCCAAGGACAACGGGGAGCCCGCUCUCUCUGCUACAGUCACCAUCAAGCUGUCCACAGUGGAGACCGCCGUUAAGGCCUACUCUGACAUGACUGAGGUGCCUCUAGAAUAUGACAUCUUCUCAGACCUCAACCUGUAUCUGGUCAUCGGUCUGGGCUCGGUGUCAUUUCUCCUGCUCAUCACCAUACUGGUCACCAUCGUGCUCAAGUGUCAGAAACCCAAGCCCAGCAAAGCGGCUCCUCCCUGCAGGAACAGUGUGAUCAGUGAGAGGAACUCCACCAUCGCAGAUUCCACUCUGGUCUCCAACGAUGCCUACUGGUACAGUCUGUUUCUAGCAGAGACCAGGAAAGGAAAGAUGGUGGUGAGACAGCCAGUGCCAAAGGGCUCCAGAUACAUCGUGUCCAGUUUACCAAGAGGCACAGGACUGACAGACACUAGUGGCUCAGCAGCUUCCACUCUGCAGUACCCUAAAUGAGGAAAGUCCACUCUGCAGCUGGAGGCAUCCACCAGCAGCAGCGGCGGCAGUUCCACAUAAGGCCACACUUCCAGCUGCGUACUGGGUUUGAUGCUGACAGAAAAGCUUCAUGGAGGAAAGGAGAAACCCCUGCCCGUAAACGCCCCCACGUCCAUCCUGCUCAGCCUGAUCCUUGUUUCCUCACAAUGUGUAUUUGCGCUAUAACACCAAAUGGACUAUGGUGGCUAAUUAAGGACACAGCCCUUCCCCCUCUCUUUCUUUAAGCACAUGAAAAGCCAAUCAACAAUGCCUCUCUGUCCAUUCAAUAUGCACGAUAAGACUGCAUGGCUUCAACCACACUCCAAACCUUCAUACAAAAUAAAAUCAAGAGGAGAUACAUGCAAAGAAACAGACUGUACGGAAAAUUAUACCUUUGGAUAUUUCAAAGAAGCCUCAACGAGGACUAUUAGAGUGGACACGGGAAUGUUGAAAUGCCUUUAAGAGACCGUUUUCCCUCUCUAAAAUGAAACACAUGUUGGAUAUUACAUUAUUAACCUCUGUGCUUUGUCUUGCUCCAUAACAGCAUUGAUGUAUAAUAUACAAGUUAACUAAGAAGUGAAAACAGCACAAUUAACUAAAUGUCAGAAUAGCACUAAACUACGAUUUUAAAAGUAUGAAACUAAAGGGGAAUCAGUAUUUUAUAGAUGUGGUAGCUUUUAGCAGUUUUAUGUUUUUGUACUUGACUGUGUGCUUUAUAUGUGAGCUAGGCCUAAAUAUGAGAGUGCUGAGAGAUUAAGUUAACCAGUACAUUGAACAGAUAAAUGUGGGGCCUUCAGCCUUUAUGUAUCUGCCUUUCAUUUGUUUUUGCAUGGGAUAAUCAAAGUACUUUGAUAGCUUUAGAUAUUUUAUGAUAUUGAGCAAUCCACUUUCUGGAGUUAGGCCUCACUGUAUUUUUCAAAACAAGAUGGGAGAUUACCUUUUAAUGAGAUCACAAUCAUGAGGUACAACAGCAUAAUAAUUUUGUCCCACUGCUACUUUUGGCAACAGUGGGACAUUUAGAAAGUUAAGUGUACAGUGUGCUUGAAUGUUAUGUUUACUUGGACAUUACUGGAGAAUAAGAGUCUAGAGGACUGACCUGAACACAGUGAUUCUUUGAGAAUGGAUUGAUUAAUAUCUACGUAUGACUACUGUAUAUACAUCAUGUACUUUCACUUUUUUAUUUUUAAAGCCAAAUUCUGGAUGUUCCUUAAUUUCAACAUCUUCUGAGAUUGUGUUACAAGUUGAAAACUCACUUAAUGACUUAAUGUUUACUUUACAUUACUGAAUACUGGUUUCACCCAAUGAAAGCUGUGCUCAUGUGUAUUACUGACUACUGUAUGUAUUUCCAUAUGCAACACAUAAAUAGGGAUAUAUAGAUAUGACUGACAUACAGCACAUACAGUAUAUCACUUGUCUGUAUCUAUUAAUAUGCUUUUCUUUUUCAGUUUAAAUUCUGAAAUUUGUAAAGUGAAUGAAAAACAGUGCCAUCCGAUUUAUGGGCCAGCUAGUAUGUGAAACAUUUUCAAUGAUCAGACAUCAUGUAGUCAAACUCUUCAGCACAGCUCACAUUGCAUUACUUGUAUAAAGCUAUAAUGUUUUACAGGCAAACAUAUACAAUAAGUGCUUUUGUAUAGUGGAACUUUUAUGGUGCAAUAUGUAGUAUUGUGUGUAAUGUGAGCUUAUUGUAUGCUAUGGUCUGUUAAAUACAAAAACAACAUAGAGUAUUAAACUUCAUGGUGAACUUCUGAA